UGCCACCAAAUCCUUAUGGAUAUUCAUUUGUUUCAUAUUUUUGGCUUCAUCCUGGCACCCGUUAUGAUCCGUAUUGUUUAUUAAUACGUAUAUGGAUCUGAUACGAUAAUGCCUGAAGGAUUAUAUUAUGAUUAUAUUUUGCAGAUUUUUGUGGUUCAACUGCGUUGCUAUUGGAGCAGUAGCAACAUCAGUGAUCAUCUUCAGCCUGUGGGAUAAAUUCCAGACGAAUCCGACUAUCACUGGCCUGGAUACUGAUUUCCACAAUUGGGAAGUCCCAUUUCCUGCCAUAACUCUUUGCCAGGAAGAACCUACGAGCAAUCAAAAGAUCGAAGAGUAUAUACAGAAACAAUCGGUCAGAAAUGGUAGUGAUGACAACCAAAUCGAGUUCUUCAAAGAUUUGACGAAAUUGUCUUACGAUUCCUGGGCUAGGUUUACCACCAAAUAUUCGACUCAGGGCUACAUUGACUUCAAUACUAAUCUAAAAGAUCUCGUUUUCAAUUUGACUUACAAAUGCGAGGAAACAUUCGAGUCCUGUACCUGGAAAUCCUACCCCUAUAAUUGCUGUGAGGGAUUUUUUCCGGUCUUCACGGAAAACGGCUUUUGCUACACUUUCAACUCAAGGCAUUAUGAAAGAAAAAUUCCGGGGACUGAAAGCGAAUUGCCCGAUUUCGGCAUGCACUACAUUCAAGAGACCGACAUGAAAUGGUCCCUCAAGUUCAAAGUGAAAUCGAUGGAUUCAUAUUUUCCGAUUUACAUCCUCAAUUCGGAAGAGGUGGCGGGGAUCGACACACAGGCCCAGCACGUUUGGGAUUUCAGCAUGGAGAGCAUGAUGUUCUCCGUCAAGCAAACUUACACGACACAGGACACUGCCCAGCUGAGCAUAAAGCAAAGGAGAUGUGCUUUUCCUAAUGAAAUUAAAUUGAAGGUGAAUAAAAUAUACUCUUACACGGCCUGUACGCGGGAAUGCCGGAUGAAAAAUGCAAUGAAAUUAUGCUCUUGUGUGCCAUUUUUCUAUCCGGUGGCUGGAACGAGCUAUAGGCAUUGUGGUAUUGAUGAAUUGCCGUGCAUUACUAGCCAUUUGGAGAAGAUAAAAUCCAUUGAUGAAUGCUCUUGCUAUUUGGGAUGCUCAAAUACGGUGUACGAAAUAGAGAAGUUGAACGGCAUGGGAUCAUCACAAGAGGGAGAAGAAGGAGCAUUAGAAUGCCAAUUUGUGUCUUGGCCGAUGGUUAGAUACAAAAGAGAAGUUUUAUUCGGAUGGGUCGAUUUAUUAGUUUCAUUCGGAGGCAUCGCUGGAUUAUUCCUGGGAUUCAGCCUCUUGUCAGGAGUGGAGAUAUUGUACUAUUUCACAAUCAGAGCCUGCUGCAUGGUGGUGAAGGAGAGAAACGAUUUGAGGAAAAUGCGAUUUGUCGAGAGAUCCAGGCAGAGUACAAAGAAAAAACAUGACGUUCAGCGAUUCGUCUCGAAACUCGCGCCAAUGAAAGCAUCGAAAUACGCGACGGAUAUGAAUUUCGCAUUGCAGGGAAUAUCGAAUAAAAUCACUCCAAGUGGAAAAGAAGGGUAUCGUCUGAGGCGACCAGCUGACAUCAUCAAAUCACCAUAUGGUAUAGAGUUCCUCAAUUAGUGAGAUGUGCAUCACUAAAUACUUUUAUAAGUGUCAUUAUUAACGUGAAGUUCAUACUGAAAAUUGGUCAACAAUUAUGAACACGUAAAUAUUCGCGUUAUUAUUAUCACCUAUUCCCAAUAAGUGUUUCGUAAUGGGGUAAUUUACUGCAGUAGCGCGGUACAGAAGGUAAAGAAGGUAGUAUAGUGACAUAAUCAGUUACUUCACUGCACUAGUGCGGUGAGAAAUUGUAUAUGUAUAGGUCAUACCCAAGUAAUGUGCCGCACGCGAAAUUUUGUUUGAUUUCAAUGUCGAAUGUAUUGGUAUAUGUAUAGGAACUCCAUAUAAAAUUAUCUGAAUAUAUAAAAACAAUAGGAAGAGCAAGUGGAAUGAAAUUAUUCAAAAACUCAGCUUAUGUAGCAAUCGAGUAAAGUAAGGAUUUCAUUUAUUU